AUGGUAUAUCUAACUAAAGAUGAAAGGUCACAAAUUGGAGCAUCAUUAGCGGCCUAUAUACAAAGAAAAAAAUUUACAAAAAUUGUUAAAUUGGAAAUUAAAAGAAGAGAUAUUUCAAAAGAAAUUUGGUCAACUGAAAAAUAUUAUAAUGAACAACUUUGUACAGUUAUAGAAUUAUUUUUUAAACCAUUGAUGGAAAUUUCAAAGAAACCAAUCGAACAAUGGACAAUUAAAGAAGCAGAUAUUCAUUCAAUUUUUUCACAUAUCGAAAAUAUAUAUGGACUCAGUAAUAUAUUAUUUGAAAAGAUAGACCCAAGAUUACAAAACUAUUCACCCUCACAGGGUAUGGGCGAUAUAUUUUGCAGCCUCAGUCCUUUUUUUAAGUGUUACAAACAAUAUUCGGAAAACUAUUCAAAUUCGAUAGAGACAUUAAAGAACGUUAGGGCAAAUUCACCACAGUUAAACAAUUGGCUAAAAGCCCGUGAAAAAGAUAUACGAUGCAAAUCAUUAGACUUACCAUCACUACUAAUUGCACCCAUUCAAAGAGUACCACGUUAUAUAUUAUUAUUAGAGGCACUAUACAACGCCACCCAACCAACCCAUCACGAUAAAGAGAAAUGUUUAUUGGCAGCAAAUCAAUUAAAAAAUGUAGCACAGGUUGUAAAUGAUGGUAUUAGUGAGGACCAAAAUAGAAAGAAACUCAUUCAACUUCAAAGUAUAUUUGAUCAUCAUAUGAAGUUCUUGGGACCACUUUCAUACCCCAAUCUAGUCGAAGCUCAUAGGAAACUAAUCAAAGAGGGUAAACUACUUAAAAAAUCACUUAGAGACAAUGGAUUACAAUCAAGAAUGGUUUACCUUUGCAACGAUAUAUUAAUUACAGUUAGUUCAAUUUCACUUCCUAUUGGGCAACACGGUGCCAUCUCAAAAGUCGAUAAAAUUAUACCCCUAGUCUCGGCAAUGACAAUCUUUAAUUCGGAUGACAACACCUCCUUUUAUUUAGUUAGUCCCAUUAAAACACAUUUAUUUGUUUGUGAAAGCCAACAAGUUAGAUCCCAAUGGUUAUCAGAAAUUCAAAAUGCUAUAGUUUUAUUAAUUGAAUCAUCGCCCAAAAUAAAAGCUCAAAGAUCUGAAUGGACAUUAGAAUAUGAUCAAGGUAAAUGGAAAGCUGUAUCUUCCCAACCAAUAAAUGAAAAUAUAAAUGUUCAAAGUAGUUUUGAAACAUUAUCAAUAAAUAGUAAAAAAAAUAAAAACCAUAGUAAUAAUGAUUUAAAUAGUAAUAAUAAUAAUAAUGAUGAAACUAUUCAUCCAAACCUUCUAAGCAAAAGUCCAGAUAAUUUUAAAUAUGGUUCAAUAGAAGAAUGGAGACAUGGUGUACCUAAGGUUUCAACCUCAAAGAUAUCAAAUUCAUUUUUAAGAUCCUCUUCAUCAAACUCACCUUUUACCUCCCAAACCAAUUUAAUAGGCAAUCAUACCCUAAGUAAUAAUAAUUCAAAUGAAACAAAUAGUGAAAGUGAAAGUGAAGAGUAUGCACUUUAA